AUGAGAAAGAUGGAGGCUCCUCUUGGGGAUCGCCUGAAUUGGUCCCCUCGAAGCGGGCUCCGGCUGUCACUCGCCGAAGCUGAGCGUCUGCGUGGAGGGGCGGGGAGGGGCUCUCAACACCUGCCCCGGCCGCGAGCUGCGCUCCCCCUCCACCAACCCGGGGGCAGGGGGCGCAGCCGGCCGGGGAGUCAGGAGAGGGGCGCGCGCACGCGUGUGUGUGCGUGUGUGUGUGCGCGCGUGUGUGCGUGCUCGGGGCUGCUGGGGCCCACCCUCCAGGGGUGCGUCCUGAGAGUCCCCCGCGGCCACGGGAGGCUGCGCCACAGCGCAAGCCGCGAGCACAAACAGGGCGAGGAGGCUGGUGUGAGCGCCUGGGCCCGCUGCCAGCGCGCCGGGGCUGGAACACAAUGUCCCGGGCGAGAGCGGGCGGGCGGGCGCGAGCGAGAACAGCCUGACUCAGCAGCUGGGCCGGAGCGCGGCAGGCUCAGCCCACCCGGAACCGGAGCCACCUCCUCACGGCAUCCCCGUGUGCGGAGGACCGAGGAGAGGCAGGCCACAGCCCGGCUGGCCCCUCCGAGCCCCGCCCACGCUGGGUCACCUCUGGAGGUCUCCGAGUGCCUUGUGACUGUUAGUUACAGAUCCAAGCCUUUACAACGCAGAGGUGAUCCUCUCCUUCUUAGUCCACCCCUGAAGAUUGGCCAGGCCGACACCUCUACCGCAUUAAACCUUCUGUCCAGCUGGGGUCAUAGGCUCUGGCCCUCCGAGGUCUGGCCCUUCUCAGGCUGCUGA